AUGCGCAAUGCUCUUUCAGCCCUACCCCUACCCGCUCCAGUGUAUCGUUCCGAUUCGAUCAGUUCCUCCACAUCGGAUUCCCUAUUCGCUGACGCUCGCGAUGCCCGAAGCUCGACAGCCGCCUUCUCUCGUAUCGAGACAAUUUUCUCUUCUCUUGGAUGUUUAGCAGCCAGCUGUCUCUCGGACGGACACUUCAAAACCGGCCGAGAAGAACAUGGUGUAGAUUUGGAUCAUGCUCGAGAUUUGCAACAAGAAUUAUUCCGGUUACUUAACGCAAAGCAGCUCAGUCGUCUGAUAUACAGGCUUUUUGAGCGUGUGCUAGACCCAGCGCGGAACAAUUAUCCUAGCGUGGAAUGUUUGCGCGGUUUUGUCGUGCUACUCGUCUCAGAUCUUCUGAACAUACCUCGCCAUGCCCCCGGUAUGGGUCCCCCUACCUCACUUUCAAGCACCGCAAGUGGGCGAAGUGAGGGGAGCGGUCCAGGCAGUGGUGCCAGUGGUUUUCCAAGUCAGUCGACAGACGCGAUGGACGUGGGUGAUGAAGGCCCCUACGUGGUUUUACGUGCUAUGGUUUCACCGCCCACCAUGAUCUUGAAUGCUUUUGCUGCAGCCAUCAACAAACUGGAACAGGCCCCGUCGAAAAUUCUAGAAGAUGGACCAACCCCUACUGAUUAG